CAGCCAAUAACGGAGCCAAAGCCGGCGUUUGGCUCUCUCCAUUGGUCGAUUUGAAGAAGGCGGUGGCGAAUGAGGACGGCGCGGCGGUUGUUGGGAGUGCCGGUGGUCGUGCUGCGGAAGCGUCUGAGAUGGACGGGGCCGUGCAACGGAGGAGCCUGCUGCAGAACUGCCAAGCAGCCAAGGAAAGGCUGAAAUGCCCAAGCGCAAAACCCUUUUUAAAGGACUGGACUAAUCACCUGAAUCCACCCUUAGAACCAGUUUCUAAACUCAAGCAUGUUGACAGGAACAAGAAGGAUGUUCUUGGGAAUGUGAUAGAGGGUGCUCAAGAGGAUGGCAAGUUUGGAGCCAAAUCCACACAGCACACUGGCCACAUUGCUCAGAAGAAACCUUCAAAUACAUCCCAAAGAGCAGGAGGGGUGCGUCCAGCACAGCCAGGGAACACCAUGACACUUCCUACUUCUGCACAGACUAGAGGCAGGUUCCCACCUUCAAGCUCUGGUCACCUAAAUCCAAAAAGGAACCAGAAGUCUACACAGGAGACUGUCACUGCAGCAGCGCCUCAGGUGGGAAGUGACCACCCUCCUCCUGGACCACCUCACUCCCUGAAUGAGGGGCUGCAGAACAGGCUGGUCUGCCACAAGGAAAACCUCGACCCACAGGUCCCAACAUCCCCGGAGCUGAUCAGAACUUUCCAAUCUGAUGCAAACAGUAUCAGGAAGAAGAGAGUCUUGGCCCACAAGCAAAGCUCAGCUGUAAUGUCGAGGCCUGUUCUGGGUUCAAAAAACAGAAUUGGUAACCGCCAGGCUAAGGAAGAGCCAGUUCUGGAUAAAUUCAGGAAAGCCCUGUCAGAAUCAAAGAGCAUAUCUCCAAAUACAAGUAUCAGAACUCAGCCACUUCAGCCCUCUCCGUUCCUUCCUGCUUCUGCUGAAUUGCUAUAUAAAAACCCAGGAGCAAACCAGGGGAAAACUUCUACAGUGAGGCAACCUGGCACAGCUCCAGGGGGAAGUCUUAAGCACCACAGCCAACCUUCACCAGUGAGAAGAUUUCCCACCAAGCCUCCCACCUUGGGCAAGCCCCAGGGAACCACAAACCUGAAAUCCAGUCUGAAAUCAGGUGUCACUUUGCCAUGGCCAAGACCCAUGAUUAAAGAGGGAAUGGACAGGAAAGAUGUAAAGGUGGUGCCUCCUGGACACACAGCAGCAUCCCAAGGGACAGAUCACCCAAACCAGUCUCACAGCAUCCACAAUUCUAAAACUCAUGUAUUUGAGGAUGAUUUGAGAAGUAGGAAACAUCAGCUUAAACCAGAGCUGCCAAAGGCAAGUGGCACGCAGGCUAGGUGUAUCCCAAGGAUCCCAUCAGCUGCAGAUCGUAAGAAACAGCUGGAGGAGUGGUUGGCAUCCAAAGGCAAGAAAUACAAGCGGCCGCCAAUGACGCUGCUUCAGAAGCAGGCAGUGAAGCUGUCCUGCAGAAAGGUCAAAGCAAAAGAGAAGCAAGAGAAUCCAGAGCAGCACUGCCAAGCAAAGAUCAACAGCAUAUUCACUGAGUGCCUGAAGCUCAUUGAGGAGGGUGUCCAUGCAGAGGAGCUCUCGGCAGUGCUGUCCCUUGUGCCCGAGGCAGAGAAAUUUGCCAAAUUCUGGAUCUGCCGGGCAAAGCUGCUGGCCCGGAGCGGUCCCUUUGACGUGUUGCAGCUGUACAGAGAAGCAGUCAGUGCUGGGGCUGAGCCAGUCGAGGAACUCAGGGAAACUGCUCUCAAUAUUUUGAAGGAUGCAGGCCAAAAUUGGGAAGGAGAAAAGGUGGAGGAACCCGUUUCUCGGGAGCCUACAACGCCUUGUGCAGGUGACAGGCAGCCCCUAGCAUUGACUCCAGGCCUGGUCGGGAGGCCCAUGACCUCCCUUCACUUCUCAGUCAAGUUACGGGUUACAUCUGCAUCCAGAGGAAGGGAAUUCCUGGAAAGCCCAGAAUUGAAAUUUCUGACACCCGUGCGGCGCUCACUACGGAUUGAGAGGGCUAGGAGUCACUACCCAGAGAUGCUGAAGGACCAUGACCCUGUGGUGUCAUCCCUCAGUGAAAUCCUGGAUGCUGAGGAGGAGACUUGUUUCUUCUUCCAGGAAAACAUGGCUUUGCCAGAAGUGACAGAGCUGGAGGGUUUGGGUUCCCAUCCCCUCAAGAGCUCCUGAGGGGUUCCCAGCAGGGGCAGGCUGCCUGCCCACCAUGCUGUCUCGUACACAUGACCCUGACUGCUCUUGCUGCCCCUCAGAUGUAGGGGGCAGGGGAUGGCACAGAAUAAGUCUGUAUCAAAUAUCCAAAUGCUGAUUUUAAGUGUAUUAAAACUUGCAGUAGAGUUGUGUGUGGGCUAGUGAGUGGUGUGGAGACACCAGCUGUGUCUCCUGGGAUUGUGUCCCCAGGACUGCCCUCAGCUACUCAUCCAGGUGACAUACACUCUGGUUUUCCUGCUGUAGAAUGGUGUCAGUUGGAUUGUGAUGUUCCAGGCACCUCCCAAUGUUUGAAAGCAAUGUCCUGAGCAGUUUGCUCUGGAACUGCCUUGUGCCCUACCUGGAGGGCGUCUGUAUGUCCCCUACUGAGAGGCAUAUAUGCAGACCCAGUGUCUGGAGGUACAGGUGGUAGCAAUGGCUGUGACCGAGGGGCUGGGGGACCUGCAGUGCCCCAGCAGCUUCUGCAGAGGCUGUGAUACUGACAGCAGCACCAAGGGCUGCAGAGGACCUUGGGGUGCAGCAGGCCACGCUCGCAACUCCUGGACAUGGUUGGGAUCUGGGGGCAGCCAAGCACUGUAAGUGCAGUUCAGGCCCCCUCUGCUGCUGUCCCUGCAUUUGGAACAGGCAGUGGCACAAGGUACCAAGCAAGAGGCUGGUGAGGGGAUUAGCAAGUGCUCUCUGCUGUGAACAGUGACCAUACAGCAGCUGCAGAAGGUGAGGAAGCCCUACUGUCAUCCACCCAGCCCCAGCAAGCAGUGGUCCUGGCCCCAUCACGCUCUUUUGCCUCCUCUUUCCCUCCUGAUGCACCCAAACCCAGCCUUGCCUAGCAUCUCUGUUGAGUCAUGGAUGCUGGCAGAAGUCUCAGAGCAGUGUGCUGGAGUUCUGGCAAGGGGCUAGCUCUGCUCUGUGGAGUUCUUCAGACCUGGCUCCCUCUGCAGAGGUGGG